CGGAUGAAGUGAAGACAAAGGAUCAAAAUUUUCUUCAGUUCAGUGUUCACAAGGGAAAGAGAUUUCGUAUAGCAAAGUAAAAAUGAAAACAAAAACAAUGACUUACACGAUACUACUAAAUGUUCUUCUGUCAAUCGCGUUAUAUGUUGGAGCUGAAUACGUUAGACCCCAGCCUCGUAAAAGUCUGCAUUUUCCAUGGAACCCAAAGCACCCUUCUGUGUCUCAACAGGUACACAUAUCAUUGGCGGGAGAAAAUCACAUGCGAGUCUCAUGGGUCACUGAUGAUAAAUAUGCUCCUUCGAUUGUUGAAUACGGAACGUCACCUGGACAAUACACAUUUUCGUCUCAAGGAGACACCACCUCUUAUAGUUACCUGUUUUAUAGCUCUGGAAAGAUACACCACACUGUCAUUGGGCCUCUGGAGCAUGAUACUGUUUAUUUCUAUCGCUGUGGAGGACAAGGUCCUGAAUUUCAGCUCAAGACCCCUCCCGAACAAUUUCCUGUUACUUUUGCUGUGGCUGGGGAUUUAGGUCAAACUGGCUGGACUAAAUCAACAUUAGACCACAUCGACAAAUGCAACUAUGAUGUGCAUCUACUUCCUGGAGACCUUUCGUAUGCUGAUUGCAUGCAACAUCGCUGGGACACCUUUGGUGCGCUGGUACAGCCACUUGCGAGUGCCAGACCAUGGAUGGUAACACAAGGCAACCACGAAAAGGAAAAGAUACCCUUUUUCACAGAUGCAUUUGCGUCUUAUAAUGCAAGAUGGAAAAUGCCUUUUGACCAAAGCGAAUCAACCUCAAAUCUUUAUUAUUCUUUUGAAGUUGCAGGGGUCCAUGUUGUCAUGCUUGGUUCAUAUACGGAUUACGAUGAGCUUUCAGAUCAAUAUAGCUGGUUGAAGGCUGAUCUUUCAAAGGUGGACCGAAAAAAGACACCCUGGUUGGUUGUGUUGUUCCAUGUUCCUUGGUACAAUAGUAACCAUGCUCAUCAAGGUGAAGGGGAUGGGAUGAUGGCAGCCAUGGAACCACUGCUUUAUGCUGCUGGUGUUGAUUUAGUACUUACUGGUCAUGUGCAUGCUUACGAGCGCACCAAACGUGUUAACAAGGGAAAAUCAGAUCCUUGUGGUGCUGUUCAUAUUACUAUAGGAGAUGGAGGCAACAGAGAAGGUUUAGCUCAAAAGUAUAUACACCCAACACCUGAGUGGUCAGUGUUCCGCGAAGCGAGCUUUGGUCAUGGUGAGCUCAAGAUAGUGAAUUCAACCCAUGCAUUUUGGAGCUGGCACCGGAAUGACGAUGAUGAACCAGUGAGGUCUGAUCAGGUUUGGAUAAUCUCUCUCCUCGGUUCCGGAUGUCUAGAAGAAAAGGCGAAUGAACCAAGGAAAAUUCUCUUUUCUCCCUAGGCUAAGUGAUCAGCGCCCCUAGUUUCACCUAAAGUCUUGGUAAACAGUGUGUAUGUGUGUAUAUCGUAGUCAUGGUUUCAGUUAGUAAAAUGCUCAUUCUCUUCAUAGAAUUGAGCAUACAGACCAUUUUCAUUUCAAGUUCUCACUUAAUGAUUGUGUGUAACCUUUCAACUAGUUUAGUUGAUGAAGUUGUUUCGCA